AUGCAUGAAAGAAAGGAAGUGUUUGUGAUAGGAGCAACCAACAGACUCGAUCGUCUUGAUGAAGCGUUAAUACGCUCAGGCCGAUUAAGCAACAUUUUUUACGUGGGGCUGCCAGACGCUGAAGGAAGAUUGGAGAUCCUGAAAGCCUGUACCAAGAAUGGUACAAGUCCCAGGCUUGCAGAAGAUGUUGACCUUGACUACUUAGCAAAGGAGAGAACUUGUGGCUUCUCAGGAGCCGAUAUACAAAAUCUUAUGAUGGAGGCAACAAAAGUCUCUGCAAAUCGGAGCAGGAAAUCCAUCAAUGAACCACUUGAGAAAGGAAUUGUAACUAUGGCUGAUGUUGAGCAGGUACUUGCAUAUGUUGGACCUACUAUAGGUGCCCAGAGCUUGAAAAACCUGAAAAGAGUGAAACAAGUUUUGGAAGGGAGAACAAGCAAAGCGACUAUUGCCUGGAUUGAUGCAGAUAUUAAGGGAAUAAUUUCAAGGCGGAAAGGCAACUUGCAAGGUGCAAGGUCCAAAAGCAAGAUGGCAGUCAUGAAGAAGAUGGAAAAGCAGUGUAAAGUUAAAGGUAAAAGAACUGAAUGCUGUAGACUGAAGCGACUUCAUCGGCAGUAG